AUGGUCAACAACCAUGACCUGACCAAUGAAAAGAUCCUUGAGUCUCUAGAUCAAGAAGCCCAGAAAAGAUCUGAGAAACCAAACAAGAAUCCUACGAAGGGAGAUGAGCAGACAACUCCGGCAGCAGAUACUCCAGCAGAUGUUCCAGCAGUUGAUCCAGAUGAUCCUGAACUCGAUGAGUUGGAAAAGUGCAAGAGGUAUAUUCGUUCCCAUGCUCCAAUCAUUGAAUUGGUUGAAGCAGGUGCUUUCUACCGUUACAAGUGUACUGUUUGCACAUCGAGGACACAACCGUAUGGAAAGAUCAACAAACUGGGCCGUAACAGAUUGAAAGAUUGGACCUUCUUUGUCGGUCAGCGCAUUGAUGCACCAAGUCAUCAAUCAAAGAUGAAAAAGUACCAGGAGAGAAAAGACACCGAGGCAGCUGAGGCAGCGGCAAAAGAGACAAGUGCACCGCUUGCAGAUUGCAAUGGCUUUUGUCUGACCCGCUCCGAUUCGCUGUUGCACAUGCACAAGGAUGAGUUCAGGCUGUGGGUCACUCAUUGCAAUUUUGAAGGUGCAAGAUUUAGACACACGUACUUUUGCGACAUGAGCUCUGGCGAAUGGUGGAUUCGUCACCGAGAUUGUUGCAAGAAGAUCCGGAAGAAGAGUGACUCGGAGGAGGAGACCAUAUGUGAACAGUGCCGCACACUUGGAAAGCCAGAUAAAGUGCAGCGCAACGUUGUGCGCUUUUGCCUCAAGUACCAAGCCGGCAAGCUACUCCACAGACGCCUGUUCGCAUCUCCUGAUGACAUCAGUGCCUUGAUUUCUGAGGUUGACAAUAGUGUCUGGGGUCAGCGCCACCAUCAGAUCUGGCAGAAAAUCAAGGAUUUGAAGCCUGUAGAACUCCAGCAAUUUGUACGAAAGUCAUUCUCAUGCAUCCCAUCCAGUGAACGAAGCGAGGUCCUCAGCAACUUCAUUGCUACUACCAUCAAACCUGCUUUGGAAGUGCAUGCCACAGCUUUGAGUCAGAACUUGCUGGCCCUAUCGAACCGGUACGUGCAGGCACUGGAAUGUGAGCAACUGAACGAGCUGGAGACAUUAAACGUUCAGAUUGCGCAGGCCGCAGUUUCAGGCCGUCUGGAUAAGAACCCCAUGAUGCAAGGCCUAUUGGUGCAGUGUCUCAACAAGAUUGAGAAACAAGAGCGUAGAGUUCAUAGCAAUCGUGGCAGGCCGGCAUCUUCUUGCUCUGAUACUGGGCUCCGCUUAGUGGAAGAUGCCGCGAUGAAUCUGGCAAUUGCUGGAGGUAAUCGGCAGCUAUGUGAACAGCUCGGCCAGAAGGUGACGCCGCCUAGAAUCCGAUUGGAGGACCUGGAAUCGCAUUCAUUGCCAAAUCCGGCACUAGCCCUCAUGAAGGUGAACGAGGAACAGUUGGAACAAAACUUCACCCUCGUGGACGCCAAGUUUCCGCGGAGUGACAAAAUGUACAUGAGGGAGGCUUUGUUUGGUUCCUUUGAGACACUAGAUCAGAAGGCCCUAAAGGACUUUGAAUUUUGGCAAGAUUGUGAGUACGAGAACGUCACAGCUCAAAAUGUGCUGCAGGACGUUGCAAUCGAUGCUGCCAAAGUACCGUGGCCGCUGCGGGGCUUUGUGAUCAUGAAUCUUUGUGUGGCACUGACUACAGCUCCGUCUGGGCACAAGACCAUGCGAGUGGAAGACAGAGUUCAGAAUUGCAUGACAGGGUUCAUUCUCCUGGACCUCUUUCGCAUCACGUCAGAUCAAGAGUGCAAUCGGCGAGGAUUGCCCAGAGGGUCAUUGUUCCUUGCGCCGGAGACCAUCCGGAAUCUACAAGCCUCCGCGAUGGGUGUGAUUUCGGUGUGUCUUACAAAAGACUCUCGCGGCUGUCCAUGGUCAUCUGGACAUUCCAGAUUGUCGGAGUUGUCAGUAGAGCAGCACUUUGGACGAUUGAGAGUCCAAAGCACGUCCGCGCAACUCACAGUGCGGUCUUACUGGACAGCAUCGGCGCGGGAUAUGCUCAGAACCAACAGCAAGAGGAAGGAGGGGCAGCCGACCUUGGCUGUGGUAGAGCCCAUCAGCCAGUGUGACUUUUACACUGUGAGUGAAGAAGCCUUGAAAUCUGCUCUGCGGCUGACUGCGUGGUGCACUGGGUUGACUUCAGCGUCACUCAUGGAGAUGUAUGUCAGUUGGUGCGCCAACAAAUCCUUUGUGCAUGAUGGACCUUUGCUCGGGGAUGAGCAGGAGUUUGAGGAGGACAAGAAACAAGAGAAUCAGGCCUUCUUCAACCACAUCCAGUCGGAGGCAGCGAUGGAGCCUGACAUUCCGGAUGAUGACCCAGAAGUUGAUCUAGUUGGAAUCGAUUUGGGCGCCGUUCCAGACAAAGACGAUCUCCAGAAUCUCUUCCAGGCAACACUUGCAGCUGAUGAUCACCCCGCAGAUCAGGAGCAGCCAGGCGAGGCAACGACAUCGCCCCAAAACCUGCACCACGCACUGUGGUGCUUGGGUCCAGAAGCAACAGAGAUUCAAGUCUUUGAUUCGCUGUGGAGACUCCUUAUGUUCAAUGAAAUGAAGCCCAAACAAAUGAGAGAGGAGGAGGAGACAGAGUCCUUCAAACAACGAUCGGGUAGGCUUGCAAAGUGGCGGGAGAUGGCAGAGCAAGCAGCCCAGGAGCGGAAGGCAAUGGUGCGGGUGGAUUGCGGAAUUGAGUGUGGUACUAUUCUGGUGGCCCUGACUCCACACAAACGUGGAACCGAGAGAGAAGCAUGUGUGUCAAUGGUGAUGUCCGUUUGGAUGUCCGUGAAGAAGCCCAAACUGAGCACUUCGCCCAUUCCUUUGGAGCAUGUGGUGGCCUUGAGGGUUGCAACUAUGACUCCGAAUGCAGUUGGAGGAGAUCAGCAUUGGUCUUGCGACGCUGAAUGCAAAACCUGGGUGAUUCGACCACAAUCUGUGGUUGGAGUGUUGGGCAUCGAAAGCUGCGAGAAGGGCCUUGAACACACCUCAGUGAAGUUGACAGAAGAUUCAGUGGAAUUGUUGGAGCAACUUCGCGCAGUUCAGGACUGGUGGCCACAUUUCGAUGAGCAGCAGGCCGGCGGCGGCAAAAAGCCGGGAAAGAAAGCUGUGAAGCGAAAUCAUCUUGGUCUAUUUGUUCAACGGCAGGGAAGGCCAAAACGCUUCAUAGACAAGGUCAAGGCGAAGGCCAAAGCCAAACAGAAGGCUAAGACGCAAAAAGCCUCCAGCAGCAAGACAUCUGCACAGGCCAAGGCCAAGGCCAAGUUGCGGAAGGAAGCCAAGAAAGCUGCUCCAAUUGCUGAGAUUCCGGCAAACUACAAGCGGACCGGUGUUGGCAUUCCUUUGGUCAAACAGAUGAUGGAGAAGGCGUGUCAUCUGGACAAGAUGAAGUUCCCGGGCAAUCUUGUCUUUACCCUGGAUUCUGAGCAGUGUCGGCUGACUCUACCCAACUGCCACGGUGUUCGUUGGUGCAAGAUCCGUGAUGCAGCGCAUUCCUUCUUCAAGCAUUCGUUUCCAACCCUUUCAGCGAGCAAAUGGUCCCAGAAGGUCUCCUCAAGAUUCGCUGACAUCAUGGUCGGCUUGGAGAAAUCUCCUCCUUGCAGGAAGCGGUGGUUUCAUCUCAUCAAGGACAUUGCGGAGUAUGUUGCCACUGUUGACACCUCUACCUCCUGUGCGGCGACGGCGGCCCAGUGA